AUGGCUACCCGAAAGAAGGAAAUUUCUCCGUGUAUUGUGGCUAGGGGUGCACCAGGAGUCUCUCAUCUGUUUUUUGCAAAUGAUAGUCUUCUCUUUUUUAAAGCCUCAAUUUCUGAAGCUGAAGCUGUGAAAGGUUGCUUAAUGACUUAUGAAAGAAUGUCAGGACAAUCUGUUAACUACAAUAAGUCAUGUAUUGUAUUUAGCGGGAAUACAGCGGAAGAUAGGAGAAAUGCGGUUGCUACGGUCUUUAAUGUUACUCAAUCAGGCAGUAUAGGAAAAUAUUUGGGAUUGCCUAUGGGCAUUGGCCGAAACAAGAAAGAAGUUUUUUCUUAUAUUGAAACUAAAUUGAUUCACCGGUUGAGUGGUUGGAACAAAAAGUUACUUUCAAAGGCUGGGAAGGAAAUUCUCCUUAAAAGUGUUGCACAAGUUUUACCUACAUACACGAUGAGUUUGUAUUUGCUCCCAGUAACUUUUUCCAAACAAGGUUGGCGCUUGCUCACUCAGCCGAACUCUAUUGUUGCUCAACUUUACAAGGCAAGGUACUACCCAAAUGUUGAUUUCCUUGAGGCAAAUAUUGGAGCCAAUCCAAGUUUUUGUUGGAGAUCUAUUCUUGCAGGCCAACAUUUGUUACAGCAAGGCUGUUUUCGUAGAAUAGGGAAUGGUGGAAGUACAACAGUGUGGAAUCAACCGUGGUUGCCAAAUGAUGAUGACCCCUAUGUUCGUACACCAUUACCACAAGGAGGAAAUAUGAAGGUUAGUGAUCUUAUUGAUCCUAUUUUGAAAGAUUGGAACACUGCUCUUCUUAAUAAUAUUUUCCAACAAAGAGACGUGGAUUUAAUUCUUCAAAUCCCAGUUUCAAUUGAGUAUGAUGAUGUAUGGUGUUGGAAGGGAGAUGUUAGGGGCAUAUAUUAUGUUAAACAAGGGUAUAGAAACCUCUUGGAACAUCAUGACAAUACUGUAGCGAUUGCGACUAAUAUUUGGAAUAUCAUUUGGAAGCUAAAGAUUCCCCCACAUGUGCAUAAUUUCUUAUGGCGGUGCUUUCAUGGCAUUUUACCUACAUUGACUGUGUUGGCAGCUAGGAGAGUUGAAGUAGAUAUCAUGUGUCCCAUUUAA